GAAAGUUUGACAUAAUUCAGUCAUUUGGCAGUACACCAUCCUCCCACUAAAAAACUUUGCAUCAUCUCAGUGGAACUGAAAAAAUAUAUAAAUGCAACAAUUUUAAGGAUUUUACUGAGUUCCAGUUCAUAUAAGGAAAUCAGUCAAUUGAAAUACAUUCAUUAGGCCCUAAUCUACAUGACUGGGAAUACAUAUACUGUAUGCAUCUGUUGGUCACAUUCAUACAAAAAAAGGUAGGGGAGUGGAUCAGAAAACCAGCCAGUAUCUGGUGUGACCACCAUUUGCCUCAUGCAGCACGACAUCUACUUCGCAUAGAGUUGAUCAGGCUGUUGAUUGUGGAAUGUUGUCCCACUCCUCUUCAAUGGCUGUGUGAAUUUGCUGGAUAUUGGCAGGAACUGGAACGCGGUCGUACACUUCGAUCCAGAGCAUCCCAAACAUGCUCAAUGGGUGACAUGUCUGUGAGUAUGCAGGCCUCCCUUAAAACUUGAGACAUCUGUGACAUUGUGCUGUGUGACAAAACCGCACAUUUUAGAGUGGCCUAGUGUCCCCAGCACAAGGUGAACAUCUGUAAUGAUCAUGCUGUUUAAUCAGCUUCUUCAUAUGCCACACAUGUCAGGUGGAUUAUCUUGACAAAGGAAAAAUGCUCACUAAUCGGGAUGUGAACAAAUUUGUGCACAAAAUGUAAGAGAAAUAAGCUUUUUGUGUAUGGACAUUUUCUGGGAUCUUUCAUUUCACCUCAUGAAACAUGGGACCAACACUUUACAUGUUGCGUUAAUAUUUUUGCUCAUUGUAUAUUUGGCUACAUGGUAGCAGAAAAUAAAAAAACAGGUAGUAUGCACAUGCAGGCCGCCUAUAAUACCACUACCAUGUUUCAGUUAGGAGGAAAUUAACCGCAUUCUGACUAGGGCGGGAAAUUGAAUGCACCCUCUGCGGAAUCUCCAUAGUUACAAUACUUGUCACAUGACACAAACAUGUAAACAGAAUACUAGCCAAGGCCUACAGUAAAAUAUUUCUUAUUUCUUUUGCUGUCUGUAAAGCUAGGUAUAUUUCUUCAUAUCUGUAAAUAUACACACGUGCCUCAAAUAUCAAACUUUUUGAUAGAUAUCGGGAGGAAGAACAUUCCAAUGAAUAAAAUCGACUUGAGAUGGGAGCAAGUGCAUCGAUAUCUCUCUGUAGCGACUCAUCUGCUGUGAGAAUUCGGAAGCACAAUGCGAAGAUCAGCCCUGAGCGGACUGUUCCAGGCCCUGACACCAGUCCUGUUUUUGGGGUAACCCUUGAGAGGCUGAGGGAAGAUGGACAGCUUGUUUGUGGAGUGCCCCGCAUGCUGCGACACAUGGUGGAUUUCCUGGACAGAAAUGGUCUGCAGCAGAGGGGUCUGUUCCGUCUGUCUGGCUCUGUGUUAAGGACCAGGCAGCUGAGGCUGAUGUGGGACAGGGGAGAGAGAAUGGAUCUUGAGGUGGAGGAGGAUGUCUCAAUUGUGGCCUCCCUGCUCAAGCUCUUCUUCAGGGAGCUGCCCAACCCCAUCAUACCAGAGCCUCAGCGCAAGGAUCUGGUUCUCAGCCUCACAGAACGUAAGAAUGAGGCAGAGUUGAACGCGGCUCUGAAAGAGAAACUCAGCAGCCUACCUGUCGACAAACACAGCAUCCUUUUUUACCUCCUCCACUUCCUGUCAAGGGUGGCCUCUCACAGCCAAUCAAAUCACAUGCCUGUGGAGAACCUGGCCACAGUCUUUGGACCCUGUAUAUUCCAUGUUCCAUCAGGGCCUAGGAUGCUGGAAGAGCAGAGUGUGUGUAAUGCCCUGUUGCUCCACCUCCUGAGACAUCAGUCUGUUGUCUUUAUAUGUCCCCCGGACCUUCCACACCCCCCUCCUAGCCAGGAUACCCCAUCACCACCCCCACAUCUCGCAGCCCUGUCCCAUUUUAAGUCCCGGCUGCAGGAGAGACUGGGGGGUCCUCCCAGCACCUCUCGGUCAGAGGAAAGUAACAGUGUGGGAAGGUUUGACGGAGACAGCACCACGUCAGAGACAGGAAGUCUUACUACCAACACACCCAGAAAGGCAUCUAACCUGAACAGUCCUGAGACUUUGGACCUUGGCUCGCACCUCACCACCCACACACAGCACCUAAUCCCAGACCUGUUGGAGGAUGUUGUGGAUGGAGAGCCUGGCUGUGUUCUCACCUGCUCCACAUAUCCUGGACCAGCUGGGGAGCCUAGCCAACAGGAGGAGGAGAAUCCUGGACCAGUUGAGGAGCCUAGCCAACAGGAGGAGGAGGAUGCUGGACCAGCUGAGGAGCCUAGUCAACAGAAGGAGGAGAAUCCUGGACCAGCUGGGGAGCCUAGCCAACAUGAGGAGGAGAAUCCUGGACCAGCUGAGGAGCCUAGCCAACAGGAGGAGGAGGAUCCUGGACCAGCUGAGGAGACUAGCCAACAGGAGGAGGAGGAUCCUGGACCAGCUGAGGAGCCUAACCAACAGGAGAAUCCUGGACCAGCUGAGGAGCCUAGCCAACAGGAGGAGGAGAAUCCUGGACCAGCUGGGGAGCCUCGCCAACAGGAGGAGGAGGAGGAUUUUGGACCAGCUGAGGAGCCUAACCAACAGGAGGAGAAUCCUGGACCAGCUGAGGAUCCUAGCCAACAGGAGGAGGAGAAUGCUGGACCAGCUGGGGAGCCUAGCCAACAGGAGGAGGAGAAUCCUGGACCAGCUGGCGAGCCUAGCCAACAUCCUGGAUGUCCCAGGGGAAGGACAAGGUCACAACAGGAGAAAGACCCAGCUACCUCCUCCAGCAUAAAGGAGGAAGAGGACGAAGAGAAGGAGAGGGGCACAACCCCUUUAGCCGUCUGUGUACUCAUGGACCACAGUAAAGAAGACUAUUACCAGGAUCAUGACCCCUCCAGCUCUGAGCGCGUCAGGUGUGUGGCAGUGAGCUGGCAGGCUCAGGACACCCAGAACCAAGACCAGCACAAAAACAGCAUGACCCGAUUACAGAUGGCCGAUGGAAUAAACCUGUCUGACUCUGAAAAGAGCCCCUCCCUCAAGCAGCAAGCUCUGGAGGCUGAGCUGUGCCCCUCGCCACCCGGAACCCCUCAGGAGGACCUGGAUCACCCCCCUUGUACCAAGGACUACCAAAGCCUAACCCCAUCUCUCCACUCCCUCCCAAAACAGGAACAGGACAUCAUCAGUACUUCACUGACAGAAGCUAGUCCGGUCCAGAGGCCCCCCGUGUCUCUCUCUGAGGGCAGUAGCAGUGAAUGUCUGAUGACCCCUAGUCCCAGUCCUCUCCUUCAGCGCCUUGCAGUGGGUGACUGUCCCGUACCGUCCCCCCGCAGCCACAACCUCAGCUUGGGCCAUCGCUUCAACACGGACCCUGAAACGGCCCCCUCCCCACCCUGCUCACAACACAUCAGGAUGGCUCACUACACAGUGAGGACUGAACCAGCAGAGGGCGCUAACAAGGCCCCAUCGGUCACGACGCUCAACAGACACAUCCAGAACGUGAGGAAGAGGAUCAGACGCUUCGAGGAGCACUUUGAGCAAGAGAGACAGUACAGGCCAGCACACAAUGAUAGGACUGCCCAUCAUGAGGUGUCUAGACUGAUGCGGGACCUCACCAAGUCUCGAAAGCAGCUCAAAGAGCUGAAGCUGAAACAGUGUGCAGAGGGGCUCAGAGAGCAGCAGAAAGGGGGAAACACAGGGACAUGCAGGUCCACAAGUGAACCCAAGGGGGCGAUGGAACACUACCACAACAGUAACAACAAACCCUCACUGGAGGAGACCAUUGAUAGCCUGAUGAAGAGACUGAUGGAGAAACGAGAGGAGGAGGGACUGCCUGAUAACAUCAAGGAGAUGACUCCAGCUCAAAUGGCUGUGGAGAAGGUCACCCUGCAGAAGUGUCUGCUCUACUUUGAGAGCCUGUAUGGGCGACCGAGCACCAGACAGGAGAAGACUCUGAUGAAGCCCUUCUAUGAUCGCUACCGCCAGGUCAAACAGCAGCUCCUGUGUUCACCCACCACCAUCCCCGUCAUCACCACCAUAGAGGAAGAGGAGGGUUCUGAUGAAGAGUGUGUGAAGGACAGCACCUGGCUACCUCAUACAGCACUGCGUUGUGUGUCUUCAGAUGAGUCACUGCGUCUGCCACAUAGUGAAGUGGCCAAUAUGCCCCUGGUGUCACCUCUGGAGGAGAUCAAAGGUCUACAGCCGCCCAGUGUCACCACGGCAACACUGCACGAGGCAUCAAGGUCAGAGUUACUGGAGCAGCUGAGGGUGACGCGAGCUGAGAAGAAGAGACUCCGUUCAGCUCUCCGAGUCUUUGAGGACCACUUCUAUACACAGACCGGCCGGGCUGCCCAGAAAGAGGACCGUGGGCCCAUGGCAGAGGAGUACUGUGAGUACAAGAACUUAAAAGCUAAACACCGUUUGCUGGAAGUCCUGCUCAGUAAACGGGAUACUCCGAAGACUGUUUGAGCCUCCUUCACAGUGGGACUUUUAUUUUGAAACAGUUUUUUUUUUGCUCACUUUAUUGGAUAAUUUUUUUUCCAGAACAAAUUUCAAAGUGAGAUACCGGUACUUCUGGUAAUGUUUCAUGCGAUGCUUACAUGGUGAUGCACUUUAAAUGACUUUGAUGUUGACUGACUCUCACUUUGGUUAAGAUUGAUGGCAAGAGUGCCACAAGAAUUGCUGGGCCACAUCCAGCUAUUUUUAGUCCCUUAACAAGUCCUUUGUUAUUCAUGACAAAUUAUACUUUUUGUAUGCUACUAAUGUAAUUAUAAUAUUUUAUGAAACUGAUGUAACGAGUGUAACACUUUCAUUUUAAGGAAAAAAAGAGAACAAAUAUAUAUCACAGUUGAUGUUAGAUAAAUGUUAUUUUAUGCUAUUCUAAGCUAUUUUAUGGCACUUUAUUGUUACUUGCAUUUUGUUCUUGCCAAACUAAUGUCGAUAUAACAGGUAUGUAACGUGGUCUACUACGUUAAAAUGCUGCUCUUUGAAAAGUGCAAUCUUGGCACGGGGGAUAUGUCAUCCGAAUACACAAUCCGACGAUCCUGUAGAAUGUUUGUGCAUGUCAAUCAGUUUUUAGUCCCACAUUGUACUAUGAUAUGUAAUAGUUCAUAGUUGAUAUGAUGAAUUGUGGAAAUUCAAGUUAUACAUUACCUUGGAAAAAAACUAACUUGUGAAUGUUGGCAUAGUGCAAGUUACUCAAAUCUGUGUUGUUUUCUCCUGGUUGUGUUUAUCAUCCAAAAAUGUAAUUCUUUACUAGGAUCAGAGCUCUUGACAUUGUGCACUUCUGGUUUAUAUGUGUAUAUAUCAGUAAAAAAUAAAUAUUUUUUCACAUUA